GUCCAUUUGACAUCCACAGAAAGUGGGAUUGGAGAUUAGCAGAAGAGCAAAAAUGGCUGCUUGGAUGAGAACUAUUCGUACCUUCUCCAGAAAAUAUGCGACUAAAUCUAGCCCACACGAACAUACAAGUACAGAACAGUCACUAUUGUUGUGGAAGAGGAUUUCGUUCUUUGUUGGCGUGCCAGCGAUAUGUCUGGCUAUGUUGAAUUGCUAUUUGAAUCAUCAAGCUCAUCAUAAUGAUGAACGUCCAGAAUUCGUUGCGUAUGAACAUAUGAGGAUAAGAACCAAGAAAUUCCCAUGGGGCGAUGGUAAUCAUACACUUUUCCAUAAUCCAGAAGUAAAUGCUUUGCCUGAAGGUUAUGAAGAGUAGAGACUAAUUCUGUUUAGUUUGUAAUGAUUACGUUAAUAUUACUAGCAUUCUGUAACAUGUAUCCUACAUUGUAUUAUCUUAUGAAUGAUUAAGUCAAUAAAUUGGUAGAGAUACAAUAUUUA